AUGUAUUCUUCAUCGUCUUCUUCAACUAGUCCCCAAAAGUUCGAUGUUUUCCUGAGUUUCAGUGGCAAAGACACUCGCAGGACCUUCAUCAGUUUUCUCUACCAAGAACUCGUUCGCAUGAAUAUUCGAACUUUCAAAGAUGACAUCGAACUGAAGAGUGGACGUCGGAUUUCUUCAGAUCUCCUUGUCGCAAUCGAGAGUUCCAAAAUCGCCCUCGUGGUUGUCUCUAAGAACUAUCCUGCUUCUCCUUGGUGUCUCCAAGAGCUUGAGACGAUCAUGGACGUUGAGAAAAAGGGUUCGCUCAUCGUUAUGCCUAUCUUCUACAACGUGAAGCCUGCUCAUGUAAGGAGACAAAUCGAAAAAGUCGCUGAACAGUUUAAGAAACACGAAGAAAGGGAGAAUCAUGAGACUGUUGUAACAUGGAGGCAAGCACUGACCAAUUUAGCUAGUAUCUCUGGCCAUUGUUCUCGUGAUUGGGAAGAUGACUCGAAGCUGCUCAACGAAAUUACUAAGAGAGUAUCCAACAUGUUGUUAUUCUCUGCAACACCAACAAGUGAUGGCAUCAUCAAGGACCAAUUUGGGAUCGAUGCACACAUGAAAGAGUUGUAUCCAUUGUUGGAUUUGAAUUCUAAGGAAGGUUUGAGAGUGAUUGGAAUCUGGGCAAGAGGAGGCAAUGGAAGAUCAGCACUAGCAAGAUUCGUUUAUCAGAAGAUCUAUAAGCAGUUUCAAAGCCAUUGUUUUCUCGAAAACGUUAAAGGGAUUCCUCACGAUUGUCAAAUGUCGAAUCUAAAAGAAGAGUUUCUGAUAAGGAUUCAAGGAGAGUACUCGACGAUGAAGACCUCUGGAUUGAUCAGAGCAAGGCUCAUGAGUCAGAAAGUUCUACUUGUGGCUAAUAAUGUCGAUAAACUCGAACAGUUAGAUGCUCUUGCAGAAGAUUUUAACUGUUUUGGUCCUGGUAGUAUAGUGAUCAUAGCUACACAAGACAAACAGUUGCUUGUUGCGUUUGGGAUAAAGAUUGUGUACGAAGUUGAGUGCUUGAGAUGCUGUGAAGUUCGUCAACUCUUUCGUCAAUUCGGGUUUAGAGAGAGAGACCUUUAUGUUGGUUCGGAGUUGUCUUCAUCGAUAUCGGGGACUGAAUCUUCUUGA